UGGGAGACGGAAAGAUGAGGAGGGAAGAGAGGGUUGGGAUGCACGGUGUUGGAUGUGGACUAAAACUCCUGUCGGGGAGCUUCUGUCGCUUUAAGUCGGGGACAAUUUGUGCGUUUGAUGACACGUGUUUUGCAUUCGGAGUCAAGAUUUUUUCCUCUGAGGCUUAAAUUGUUUUUCAAAAAGCAGCCGUUUUCAUAGCAGCAAAUUGUAGAUGCAGGAGAAGAGUUCCACUUUGUGUUGUUUGGGUUUUUGGGCUAAGGAAAGCAUCAGAUGGGUAACCUUCAAAGCUGGAUGGUAAGGUGAUCCGGCAAAAGAGCAAAAGCAGCCAAAUGCCCGCCUGAUGUUGGAGCGGUGGAGGCUGCAGACAUGAGGAACCCGGACCGGCACGCACACAAACACCUGGAGAGCGUGGUCUGCGCGGCGUCGGCCAUCUUGGUGCUGGUUCUGCUGGGGCUCCUGGGGUCGGCCGGCGGUUGCCCCGGCGCCUGCUCCUGCCACGGGAACGCCACCGACUGCUCCUCCGCCGGGAUCCUGUCCCUGACGCCCGUCCUGGAGCUGGUGGACCAGGACUCCGUGGCCCUCCAUCUGUCCCGGAACAACAUCUCCUCCCUGGGCAGGACGGGGAUGUCCAACCUGAGUAACCUGGAGCUGCUGGACCUCUCCCUGAACCGCCUCUACAGCCUGGAAACGGGGGCUUUCUUCGGACUGGCCAGCCUCCGUUGGCUAAACCUCUCCUCGAAUUACCUCGGCAUCCAUACCACAACAUCCGACCUCAACAACAACAAUUCGGCGUUUGCCCAGGGCUUGAACGGAAGUCAGAAGAGUGGUCUGAGCAAGCAGGUUUUCAAAGGGCUGUGGCAGCUGCAGUGCCUGGACCUGUCCUCCAACGGCCUCCUUUUGCUGCCCCAGGGUCUGCUGGACGGACUUCAGAGUCUCGCCUGGCUCUCUCUGGCCGGAAACCGGCUGUCGGCCCUGGACAGGGGCACCUUCGAGCCCCUUCUGGGGCUCCAGGAGCUGCGGUUGGUGGGGAACCCCUGGGAGUGCGAUUGCAAACUGAGAGACUUCAAACACUGGAUAGAGUGGAUGAUUUACCGAGACGGGCGGGUGGACGUGAUGCAGUGCAGUCUCCCGGGGGACCUGAAGGGCAGGGACAUCCGCAGCCUCCCGGCCGAGAUGUUCAGCUACUGCCUGCGGAUUCCCGCCCGGGAGGCUUCGUCAGACCCAUCCACCCGGCCUCCUCCCUGCCCGCCUGGUCAGCGCGUCAAUGGCGCGGAGGAAUGCGUGCGCCAGCGCUACCGGCCGGUUAGCGUGCGGCGGGCGCACGGCACCCAGAUCGUGGCGGGCGUGGUGUGCGGGACCGUGUGCGUCAUGAUGGUGGUGGCGGCCACCUACGGCUGCGUCUACGCAUCGCUGAUGGCGCGAUACCAGAAGGAGAUGAAGAGCCGCGGACAGCCCCUAAUGGCCGAGUCCGGGGCCGAGACCGACCCGGAGGACGGGGCGGGGUCCUCCCCGGGCACGCCCGAGGAAGAGGAGGCGCCCAAACAGGCGUGCGACUUUGUGCAUGGCUAUCGAAUCAGCAGCUUCUGAGAUGACUACCCGCCUACCCCGCCAGGAACAGACUAAAUUCAGCUGCAGCUCCUACUUUAACUCAUUGACUGCCAGCCAUUUUCAGAACAGA